AUGGGUAAGCAAUCGAGCAGCAGACUCACCAAGAAGAAGAAAGUGAACAUUAUCAAAAAGAAGAAGGAAAAGGAUAGAAAGAUCCGAAAAGCAGCCAAGAAUGGUAUUGCUCUCCCAAGGAAUAAGUUAAAGAAGGAUCUCGGAAUUCCAAACCUUCUUCCUGAUAAAAAACAAAUUCUUGAGAAGAUUUUCCAAAAACGACAAGCCGAAAAGCAAGAAAAGAACGAAGCCAAGGCCAAAAAGAAGGUCGAAAAAGAACAACGUGAACAAGAAAAUAACAGACUCUCGGAGAUGGCUCAUCUUCAAUAUAUGGCUCAACGUAAACAAAUGGAAUUUAAUGCUAAAGAAGAGUUAAUGAGAGACAAUCAGGAAGACUCUUUCGACGCAAGAGACAUAAAAACAGCAUCUCUUUCAACAGCAUCUAAACGAGCAUACUACAAAGAAUUUAAUAAGGUCGUUGAAGCUUCCGAUGUGAUCAUUGAAGUGUUGGAUGCAAGAGAUCCAAUGGGAUGUCGAUGCUUGAAUAUUGAAAAGGCAAUUUUAUCAAAACAUAUGAAUAAGAAAAUUAUUCUAUUGUUGAAUAAGAUCGAUUUGAUUCCACGCGAAGUUGUUAGACAAUGGUUAGAUUAUCUCAGAAAAGAAUUUCCAACAGUAGCUUUCAAAUCCAAUACUCAAAAACAAUCUAAAAAUCUUUCUCAAGGAACAACAGAUGAUAUGAAAGGUUGUUUGGGGGCAGAUACAUUGAUUCAACUGCUAAAGAAUUAUGCUAGAAGUGAGGACAUAAAAAAGACAAUUACUGUCGGUAUUAUUGGAUACCCAAACGUUGGAAAGUCCAGUGUCAUCAAUUCUCUAAAGAGACAGAAAGUGGCAGUUGUUGGUUCUAGACCUGGUGUCACAACAUCAGCAAAAGAAAUUCAACUCGAUAGUAAUAUCAAACUAAUUGAUAGCCCAGGUAUUAUUUUCUCAUCUGCUUCUUUGGAUUCAGAUGUCAUCCUUCGUAAUGCGGUCAGAAUUGAACAAUUGGAAGAUACUGUAGAACCUGUGAGAAUAAUUUUAACAAGGUGUAAACCAGAAAGAUUAAUGGCAAAAUAUUCUAUUUCUACAUUCACAUCAGCUGAAGACUUUUUAACUCAAGUUGCCAAACAAAGCGGUAAAUUAUUGAAGGGAGGAAAACCAAAUAUUCAAGAAGCAGGAAAGAUAAUUUUGAGAGAUUGGAAUACAGGUAAAAUACCUUUCUAUACUCUUCCUCCAAAGAGAGCUGACAAUGUUGUUGAUCAAUUCAACAUGGACAAUGCAAUGAUGCAAAUUGAUGAUUCCAAUGUUUUGAACAAAUUGACCACUAGUGUGAACGAUCCAACGAACAAUUUCAUUCCAAUGGUUGCCUCAAAGCCAAUUGAGGAUGAUGUGCUUGUCACAGUAGAUUCAGACGAUGAAGAUGGAGAUGCCGAAAUGGGAGAUGGUGACGAACAACAAGAAUUUGACGAAGAUGAGGAAGACGGCUCAGAUAUUGAGGUUGAUGAUGAUUAA